ACGAGAGAUGCAUCCACCAGGGAGGGAUACGAUGACUGGCACGGCACGUUCUUCAGCUAUCUCUCGUUUGAUGUGAUUCAUUUCCGAUCAGCUGAAUUUUCACCUGACGCCAGCUUUUUCAUCUGGUCAUUUCUGGAAGGAAAACCUUCCUCGCUUCAUCUUUUCAAGGUUCUUGUCCCAAAGAAAAGAAUCUUUCGUGGUUCUUUAGGAAUUUCAGAGAUUUUACCUUUACCAUAACCCUCGUUUCUUGAAUCUCUCUGCUCCGAUUAGUCCAGUUCGAGAUUUUACUUUCUUUAGCAGUAGUAUUAUUCCAGUUCCAGCCCCAAUGUAUGAUGAAUGCGUUUAAUCCGUUUAGGGUGUUUUUUGGAUGGGGAUGAUCUAAUGCUUGGAUUGAUUCGUUGGGUUAUUUGAUUCUUUCUGGGCAUGCCUGAGAAUUUGCUCUCUCCUAAAUUGGAUUCAAUCUAUGAGGACAACCCAUUCAUUUGGGUCUGGUAGUCCCAAAUCCUUCCAAGCCUACCCUAGAGGGGAUUUUGACCUAGAAUCUGGGAUUCUCAAAAGAAGCAGAAAUCCCAAAAGGCCUCCUUUUCAUCCCAUCAGAAUGAUCAAGUCAUUGGGUAACCGGAUAAAGCACUACUACAAGGUUCACCCGAUUUUGCUCUUCUUGAUCUCAUUUUGCGCUGCGGUUAUUGUCAUUGUUAUGUUGUCUUCAUUCGAGACCCGGUUUCGGCUGAUGGGUACAUUCAAGAAACUCAAUGAGAGUGCAGAAAUGUAUCCAUUUUCGACAUUCAAGAAUCUGGUCAUGGUUGCGGGGCAUUCCGUUUAUACGAGCAGUAGCUGUGAGAGUGUGGACAAGGAGAAUGCUUGGUUUCUGGAGUCAUACCAGAAGCAUCCUGGCCAAGCUGAAACUUUUGUCGCGCAUAUACAGAAGGGAGUUGAACUAGCUGCAAGAGAUGGCGCUGCAUUGCUCCUGUUCAGCGGUGGCGAGACAAGGAAAGAGGCUGGGCCCAGAAGUGAGGCACAGAGCUAUUGGGUUGUCGCCGAAUCUAAAGGAUGGUUUGGAAACCAAGAAAGUGUGAGGGGCAGAGCACUCACCGAAGAACAUGCAAGAGAUAGUUUUGAGAACCUUCUUUUUAGUGUUUGCCGGUUCCGUGAACUUACUGGUUCAUAUCCACAUAAUAUAACAGUGGUGGGUUAUGACUUUAAGGCAGAGAGAUUUGUUCAGCUGCACCGCACGGCCAUAGGAUUCCCAGAGAGUAGAUUCUUUUACUCGGGGACCCUAUCCUCGCUGGCUUCAAGGGAAGGGGCUUUGAAAGGUGAGGCUGUGGUGAGAGGUCAGUUUGAGGAUGAUCCUUAUGGGUGUAAGGGCUCACUGUUUCGGAAGAAACUGGGACGCGAUCCAUUUCACCGUUCAAUCCCUUACCCCAAUGGGUGUCCUGAAAUUGAAGGGCUGUUCAGAUACUGUGGUGCAGCUCCCUAUCCAGGUUCCUUGCCUUGGGGCCCUGUAGAUAGUUGAUGUUUUUUUUCCUUUUUCUUUUUUUAAUCAAUUGAAAUGCUUAUGUAUCUCUGGCAGUUCCCUUGCCUUUUGUUUACAAGAAUGUACUCCAUGUUCUGUUAUGUUUUUUUGUCCAUGAUCUAUGAGAUUUCAUUGU